GCCACCCCGCCCGCCCCGCCGCGCGUCCCCCGCGGGGGCCCCGCCGCGCCGCCGCCCACGCCCGCCCCGCCGCCCGCGCCCGUCGCCGCCCCGACCCGGGCGCCCCGCGCGGCCGCCGCCACAGCGCCCCCUUCUCCCGGCCCCGCGCAGCCGGGUUCCCGGGCGCAGCGGGCCGCGCCCCUGGCCGCGCCGCCACCAGCGCCCGCCGCGCCCCCGGCCGCGGCGCCCCCAGCCGGCCCGCGCCGUGCACCGCCGCCCGCCGUCGCCGUCCGGGAGCCGCCGCCGCCGGCGCCGCCACAGCAGCAGCAGCAGCCGCCACCGCCGCAGCCACAGCCGCCGCCGGAGGGGGGCGCGGCGCGGGCGGGCGGCCCGGCGCGGCCCGUGAGCCUGCGGGAAGUCGUGCGCUACCUCGGGGGCAGCGGCGGCCCCAGCGGCCGCCUUACUCGCGGCCGCGUGCAGGGGCUGCUGGAAGAGGAGGCGGCACGGAGCCGUCUGGAGCGCACCCGCUUGGGAGCGCUCGCACUGCCCCGCGGAGACAGGCCGGGACGGGCGCCGCCGGCCGCUAGCGCACGCGCGGCGCGGAGCAAGAGAGGUGGAGAAGAGCGGGUGUUUGAGAAAGAAGAGGAAGACGAUGAUGAAGACGAGGAGGAGGAGGAGGACAAUAUAUCAGAGGGCUCAGAAGUGCCUGAGAGUGACCGCCCCGCAGGUGCUCAGCACCACCAGAUUAAUGGAGAGCGGGCCCCUCAGAGUGCGAAGGAAAGGGUCAAGGAGUGGUCGCCCUGUGGACCCUACCAGGGCCAGGAUGAAGGGCGGGGACCAGCACCUGGCAGCUGCACACGCCAGGUGUUCUCGAUGACAGCUAUGAAUAAAGAAGGGGGGUCAGCUUGUGUUACAGCUGCUCCAGAUUCUCCAUCUCCUGUGCCUUUGCCCCCAGGAAAACCAGCCCUACCUGGGGCUGACGGGACACCUUUUGGCUGUCCUCCUGGACGCAAAGAGAAGCCAACCGACCCAGUGGAGUGGACAGUCAUGGAUGUGGUGGAGUACUUCACUGAGGCAGGCUUCCCGGAGCAGGCCACUGCUUUUCAGGAGCAGGAAAUUGAUGGCAAGUCUUUGUUGCUCAUGCAACGGACAGAUGUGCUGACUGGCCUGUCCAUCCGCCUGGGCCCAGCCCUGAAGAUCUACGAGCACCACAUCAAGGUGCUCCAGCAAGGCCAUUUUGAGGAGGAUGACCCUGAUGGCUUCCUUGGCUGAGUGCCAGCCUUGCCCCUACCCCAGCCAGUCCAGAUCGUAUCACAGCGCCCUGAUAGUCCAGGAACUGGACAUAGGGACACCCUCGACUUCCUAACAGACUCCAGUGAGGGGGUACCCUCCUCCAUUUCCCCCUUUUCUCACACCCCUACCUUAGUACAUCUCCUCUCCACAGCCAUGGAGUGUGGGACAGGAGGACUUGGUUGGCCCAUUCACAGGGGCCACCCUUUCUCCCCAAACCAGGACAUUUUUGAAAAACAAAAAAUCAGGGGAGCUUCCUGUGGCCCCCAAACCCUCUUGAGUUCAGCCAGAUGUUAUCUUAUAUAAGUGUUCUGUUCUGCCUGUCCUGGUGGUGGGUUCUGCUCCACCACCCGUUCCCUGCCCCCCACCCUGACCUCUAGCCUCUGGAAAAUAGGUGAGGUAAGGGACCUUGGGUUCUCUGGCUCCUUCCCUGUCUGUCCAUUGUUGCUCCACCUGGCUGUAUGGCUUUUUAAUAUUGCACCGAAGGUUUUUUAA